CUGAACCAAAAAGUGAAAACGAAAAUGGUAAAGAUAUUUGUGAGGCACACACCACCCAAAACCCUAGUCCUGCGCCUUCCAUAAAACAAAGCUCCUCCUUCUUCAGUCACUUUCCCGAAUUAGCGAUGGCGGACGACGGCGUUGCCAACGGUGUUGACGAUCAGUACGGUGAGGAAUCGGCGACGAAGAUGGAGGCCUUGCGUCGCGAGAGAGAUGAAUUGGUGAGCGAGAUCUUGGAUAGGAAGGAGGAAAUCGAGAAGCUGACGGCGGAGCUCGACGGAUUGAGGAGCGACGGUGCGGAGAUGAGGGAGAAGAUCGAAGAAUUGCAGGAAGAGGUUGUGCGGUCGCGUGAUGCCGCGAAGGCGGCGGAGGUGAUCGCCGCCAGGGCGGCGGAGUUGGAGACUGAGGUGUCGAGGCUGCAGCAUGAUACAAUAUCGGAGAUGAGUGCUGCGGAAGAAGCAAGAGCGGAGGCUUCUGAAUUGAAGAAUGUUUUGGAAGAGAAGGAGUCUAGGGUUGAGCUUCUGGAACAGGAAGUGGCAGGGUUGAAGAAGGUGAAGGCGGAGAGUGAGGUGAAGGUUAGGGAUUUGGAGAGGAAAAUUGGCGUUCUGGAGACCAAGGAAAUUGAGGAAAGGAACAAGAGGAUUAGGGUCGAGGAGGAGAUGAGGGACAAGAUUGAUGAAAAGGAGAGGGAAAUUAAGGGAUUCAGACAAAAGGUUGAGGAGUUGGAGAAAGUUGCUGCUGGGAAGAAAUCCGAGUUGGAGGAAUCGGUUAAGCAGAAAUUGAGGUUGGAGGAGGCACUUAGAGAAUCUGAGGAGAAAGCAACAAGUUUGGAAUCGAAUAUUCUUCUAUUGCGCAAGGAAGCAGCCGAAGCUGAGAGGGUGAUCAUAUCGCUGAAUGAGAAGGCGGUUGAGACAGCCGAUAGGGGUGUAAACGGUAUACAUGGUGAUGGGAAGGGAUUGAAGGGGAUGAAGUUGCAGUGGCCAGUAGUGGCAGCGGGAUCGACAGGAGCUGUUGUUGCAGCUGCUGCUGUGAUUGUGUGCUAUGGAAAACGAAGGUGAAUUUUCUGUGAUCAGAGAGUGAACAUGGAAGGAGGGGAAUUUGAAUGGGAGGUUGUAGAGGUUAGAUUUAUCAGGCUUUUAGUCACUAAUAUGCUGCAAUUUUGUUGGGUUAUAAAAUAAUGCUUCUCUGGCUUUUGUUUUUUGAGCCUAUGAAUUUUUGACUCAUGUUGAAGUUGGCAUAUUCGCUUGUUAGUUGCUUAUUAUAAGGAUCAAACCAUUGUGUGUUGGAUUUAAUAAAUAGGUUGCAAAAUUGAGAUUAAAUGUUUCUGUGUUUAGUUUGACCUUGUUAGCUUGGAAGAUAACAACAGCCUUACACGCAAUUUAAGGUGGCUCCCUUGGUAUUAAUGUUAUACUCUGUAAGUUGUCCAAUGUCAUAUUAUCACCUCUGGUCUAGUUGUUUAGUUUCUGAAGAUGAUUUCUUUGCCAUUAGUCUUUUCCAUGGUGAAUCGUAUAUGAUGGUUAGAUGAUAUCGCUGAUUUUUUUAUCUUUCAUUAUUGUUUUAUUUUUGGCCUUUUUGCCUUUAUUGGUUCCAUUUUGGAAUGUGCUCUAACAUAGA